CCUAAUUAGAGAUUUUUGUCAAUUAGGAAUUGGCACCAAAUAUUAUAUUACCGAGUGCCCAUUUCUCUUCUUCUUUUCCGGAUUGAUUGAUCAGGAAGAAGAAGAAAUAAACUAGAAGAGUCGCACAGAAACAUCCUGAAUUCGGGGAGAGGCAUUGCGGAGGCAUUUCAGCGUAAUCAUGCAUGACAAAAUGUCAUGACUGGGCUGAUGUAAUGCAACAUUUUCUUCCAGUGGAUGUUGAAGAUAGAUUGGAUGGUGGUGGUAAGGAGAUGAUAGAAGCAUCUGUAAUGGCGGACUUGACGUCAUGUGAAGUUGACAGAAAAGGAGAACCCUAUGAAGGUAUGAUAUUCGAGACGGAAGCUGCUGCUAGAGCUUACUAUGAAGAAUAUGCUGGCCGGGCAGGUUUCUUGACCCGUGUUUUAUCAUCUCGUAAGUCAGAACGUGAUGGGUCAUUAAUAUCACGUGGGCUAGGAUGUAGAAACAUUCUUCAUGUUCAAAAGUCAGGUAGUCUUUCCAAUGAAACCAGAGAAAAACGGAGAGAUGGUUGUACUGCAAUGCUCCUAGUAAAGAAAGAGAGUGCUGGGAGGUGGAUUGUUCGGAAGUUUGUGAGAGACCAUAAUCAUCCUUUGGUAGUUUCGUUGCCUAAGAGACGCCCUACAUUUGACGAGAAAGAUAAAAGGAUUCAAGAAUUAACUGCAGAACUCCGGGUAAAGAAACGUCUAAGUUCAGCAUAUCGUGAACAGCUACUUAUUCUCAUGAAGGAUGUUGAAAACCAUAAUGAUCAUUUGACAUCGAAAGUGCAAAUUAUCCGUAAUAAUCUAAAGGAACUUGAAGCAAGAAGGCAGGAGCUUUUGAACCACAAUAAACCAAGCUCAUAAGAUUGGAUGCUACUCACUGAUGUCAUUACUAAAAUUUAUUUCCAAUUUUAUCUCAUUUCUUUCCAAGAAGAUUUGCUUGGCAUGGCCAACAAGAGUAAUGUUUGGUCUUGGGCAAGUAUUUGAAUCAGGAAUGGGAAGUUCUUGGAUUUUUAACUGUUACUGGACUUUAAUCUUGGUUAUCCUCCAACUCAAGUUGGUUUUGACAGCCUGUGCUUGGUGAUGAAAAACGAGUCAUGGGAGAGGCUUAUGAAAGUGUUCAGGGACAGAAUGAUGGUGAUAAUUGUAAUGUUUCUGGAUGUUGGUAACUCUGCUGCUAUGGGUGGUUGGACAAAUGAGCCGAUAAUUCACGGAUGAGAAUAAAUUGUUCUGUAGAGCUUGUUUUACUUUUCCAGUCCCCUAUGGCUUGUGUAUAAUCUCGGUGAUGACAGAUUGAGAUGUUUUAAAAUGCCUUCUGAGUUAUGAGCUGCUAUUCGUUCCACUAAUGUCUGCUAAAGUUGUAAUGAUAGUGAAAUAAUUGCUAUAUGCAUUCCCUGGAAUAGAAGUUUGAUGAGUGAAUUCGAAGGAUGAAAUUUGAUGAAAAGAAUGCCAUGUUAAGUAUUAGUUAAGUAGUUUCAUGUACAGUUUAUUUCUACAGUAUUAGUUAAGUUAUUAAAGUGAGUUUAUUAAUUUAUAAUUAAGGAAGCUCUUUCUAUAAGGUGUUGAGAGUAAAUGAGCUGAUUGUUAUAUUCCAUUCAUCCACUAACGUAAGGGGAAAGCCACCAUAGGGCAUAGAGAGUUUCUCUUCUGGACAUUGAACUGAGAGUUUCUCUUCUGGACAAUGAACUGAGAGUUUCUCUUCUGGACAUUGAACUCCAUGUUUAGGUUAACCCAAAAAAGAUUUCUUGGGUGAAUUUGGUGAUUCUUUUGAGUAUUUGAGUACAGCAUGAAUACAAUUCUUAUUUUUACCCUCAAUUAGGAGAAGUGGACUGCGCUUGUAUAAUAGAGAACAAGUUGAGUUCCUACCCUCUCAAUUUACUUGUUUGCUAAAUAACCAUCAUUGCUUCGUCUACUGCAACUGCCCUUGCUGCUGCCACCUCCACUUGUAAUGAACCAUAAUGCACCUCCUGUUCUACUCCAAGUGUCACCGACUACACCCUUUUUGGUAACAACCAGAAAUGCCUCCGACUGUUGCUCUAUUUUGGAGCCAUAUACUCUGAGGGAGAGAAGAGAAGAAAGUUGUUAGAACUAUCCAACCAACUAGUUUGACAUCAAUAUAAAUCACAAUAUCUUAAAUAAGUUAGAAAUUAGUGAUAAUUAUAUUUACACACCUUGACCUAUGGUUUGUUAACACAAACCACCCCCUGCCUUUUGGAUAAUUGCACAUACACCCAUCAUAAAUGUCAAGAUCAUUUACACAAGCCACG